CGCAGUCGCAGGGUCCCCGCUGGGCAAGUCCGCUUCACGGGCGAGGAGCCUCCUCUGGAGUCGGGAGUGGCGCGCCGCAGGCUGGAGAGGCAGCUAAGGGUCAUUGAUUCGUUGGGACUGCUGGGUAGAAAAGAAGGGAAGACAAAAGAGAGACAAGCAUGUGGAUUCAGUCUCCUGUCUCCUCUCUCCAGGCAGCAGAGAUAGGAAUGUCGUUCUGAUCCAGGCAAUGUGUGUUUCCUGUGUGCUGUGAGAAGACUUCUGGGCUGUUUGAACGUGCCCAUUGAAUUUAGAUCAAGUGGAAAGAAUGGCCCAGGUUCUGCACAUGGAGACUGCUUUCCCAGGAAAGGGCAAUCCAGCCUCUGCUACAAUCUUCCAUGGGAAGGAGCAAGACUUAGCUUACUCAGUGGAGACUCCUUAUGGCUACCGCCUUGACCUGGACUUUCUCAAGUAUGUGGAUGACAUUGAGAAGGGCCACACUAUUAAGCGCAUUCCAGUCCAUCGCCGACCACGCUACAGCUCAUUGCCACGGGGCUAUGGCUACACUGGUUCAUGGUGGACAUCCACUGAGUCCCUCUGUUCCAAUGCCAGUAUGGACAGUCGCCACUCCUCCUAUUCUUAUUGCGGCCGUAGCUUCUACCCACAGUACACUAGUGCAAUUCCAAGCAGUUUCAAUGCCCGUGUGGAGAAAACUUUGCUGGAUGCUAGAAAGAAGUUAGAAGACCAAGCAGACUUAGAUGGGGAAACACCCACAGCAAGUGGUCUCGGAAGUCUCCACAGCAGUGUAUCUGGAUCAACAAGUUCUUUGGUUGGAAGCCAGAGUGUCUCCCGUCAAACUUCUUACAAUGGCUCACAGCAAGGUGCUCCUGGACAGUUCACACCAAUUGGUUCUGGGUUGUCCACUCCAGUCUCGCCAACCCCAGGACAUCUUCAACAUGUCCGUGAGCAGAUGGCUGUGGCCUUGAAGAAGUUGCGCCAACUGGAAGAACAGGUCAAGAUGAUCCCAGUGCUUCAGGUGAAGAUCUCAGUGCUACAGGAAGAGAAACGGCAACUUAGUGUUCAGCUUAAAAGCCAGAAGUUCUUAGGGCAUCCAGGAGGAUUUGGCAAGGGCAAAUCCAGAGGGGAGCUCUACAUAGACAUCCCUGAGGAGGGGGCAGACGGAAAUACAGAGGACAGCAGUACAAGGUCUGGCACAAAGGGUAGAUUGGAUAAGAAGGAAGUGAGGUCGGUGGGUGUGGGAAGGACAGUUGAAGAUGGAGAGCUGAAUGUGGAAGUGGGAAGAUGUGACAUAGGGGUAGCAGUCAGGGAGGAGGAGCUGGGCUUGCCUUCCCCAGAGGAGGAACAGCAAUGCCAGGCUAUUCAGGCCCUAUCCAGCAAGGUUGCUCUGCUAGAAACACAACUGAAGAAAGCACUUCAAGAUCUCCAGGCUGCCCAUCAGAAACUGGAGCACCAGGGCAGGGAGAAGGAAGACAAAGAAACUUCGACGAGGGAUGUAGGCCUGACGGAACGGGGAGUGAGGAUAGAAGGUCCAGAGCAGUGGGAUGCCCCCAUUCGGGUUGAUGCCGUCAAAGUUGUCCAAGUGGAAAGAGAGCCAGAGAUUGCAGCCAGCAUAGCUACGGGGCCUCAGAGGGCACAAGUCCUGGAGAGCAAGGAGCCCUACGCCAGCCUCAGACCUUCAGCAGGCAAAGAUUCGGCUUCUGAGAAAGCUUGGCUGCCGCUUUGUGCCGCAUAUCACAGCAGUGAGGUGGUGGAAACCACUUUCCCGAUUCACGCUGGCCCAGCAGCCACAGCUACCACCUUCCACUCUGUGAAAAAGAUCAGCAUUGUCAACACAGAGGAGGAUGGGAGUGGAAAGAAAGAAGCCAGAGAGCCCAAAGAACCACUAGAGAAAACUGAAUUUUCAGUUCUUGACUCCCUUCGGGCAGAACAGGUGGCUCCAUGCCUCUCUCAAGAACCUAAUCUGGAUGUGCAGAAAGAGGGAGAGGAUCAAGCUUCAUCUGCUACAGGGAUCCGGUCAAUUAUGAAGAAGAAGGAAGAACCUACAGAAAUUCUGACUAGCAAGAAGAGCCUCCAGUUUGUGGGUGUCAAUGGAGGGUAUGAGUCCACCUCCUCGGAGGACUCCAGCACAGCUGAGAACAUCUCAGACAACGAAAGCACUGAGAGUGAAUACCAUGAGGCGAGUGAGGGCCUCCCUGCAGGGCAGGGAGUGGUAGCUGAAGCCCCGAAGCUUUCUGGAAUAACCCCAGAUACACCACAUCCUGGAGUGCCUGUCGAGGUGGGGAAAAUAACUACAGCAGAAGGUCCCACCAAGGAACCAGCAGGCAAAACUGGGUUGGCUCUCAGCAAAGAGUUGCUUUCAGCCUGUGCAGUUCUUCAGAAAUACCUAGAGAAUCACAACCCACAUAUGGAUGAAGAGACGAAAUUAGCCUAUAGCUCAGUGCUCCACUAUUGGCUCAAGCUUUCCUGCCACAAAGAAGCCGAUCCAGAGCCGAUCUGGCUACACUUGAUGGCUUUCCAGGCCGUUUCCCCGCAGUUGCUAGAAUUCAUCAUCAACAUGGCCGAUGCCAACGGCAACACAGCCCUGCAUUACACCGUCUCGCAUUCCAACUUCCCUGUGGUGGCAAAGCUGCUUGAAACAGGUUUGUGUCACGUGGACCAACAGAACAAAGCUGGCUAUACAGCCAUCAUGCUCACAGCACUGGCUGCCUCCCAGACAGAAAAUGACAUGGAGACUAUUGUGCAGCUACUGAAAAGGGGCAAUGUGAAUGCCAAAGCCAGCCAGGCUGGGCAGACUGCGCUGAUGUUAGCUGUCAGCCACGGGCAUCUGGAGAUGGUGCGUGCCUUGUUAGCAAGUGCUGCAGAUGUCAACUUGCAAGACAAUGAUGGUUCCACCGCCCUGAUGUGCGCCUGUGAACACGGCCAUGCUGAGAUCGUCCGCCUGCUGUUGGCUACUCCUGGAUGUGAUGUUGCUCUCUCAGACAAUGAUGGCAGCACAGCUCUCUCCAUUGCACUAGAGGCAGGCCAGAACGACAUUGCCAUCAUGCUGUAUGCUCAUCUGAACUUUGCCAAAGCCACAUCACUGGGUACCUUGAAGCAGCUGAAGCCUGAAAAUGCAGCUGUGAUAUCCAGUGAUACUCAGUAACCCAAAGUAGGAUGAUCGAUUUAUUGUUACCCCAAAUGUUUUCUUACUUCCACUUGAAAACUUGGCACAGUCUGGAUGAAGGAAUGAACACAC